UUGAAAAGUUCUACUGGUUUAUUUCAACAGACAAUUAUUUAGUUGUAGCCGGAAGAGAUGCUCAACAGAAUGAAUUGCUGGCUAAGCGCUAUUUCGUCCCAGGUGAUAUUUACGUUCAUGCCGAUCUCCAUGGUGCUAGCACUGUCAUCGUUAAGGCAAGGCCAUUACAACCUGCUGAUUUCGGAUUUAUGCCUCUACAAGGUUAGUUAUUUUUGUAAAUUUGCGCUUUUAUUUCUUAAAUCGGAAGAUUAUUACCAUUCACAGAUAUUUUACCGAUGA